CCUCUCCUCCUCAUCCCUCACUCCUCAAGUCGUCACCUCAUUCGUCGAUAUCGUACAUAGCAACAUACAUAUCGCCUAUCGUACUAACUUAUCGCUUUUAAGACAACAUUCAUCUGACGCGUUUGGUUUCUCUCCCUCAUCAUCAUGACUGACGCGUUUAUGGAAGAGAGGACCCCUUUGGUCGCGAUCAGAAGUGCAAAUGUGAAUAGAGAUGGAAGUCAACUCACCUCUUCAGGUCUUUCGCCGACAAAGCCAGUCAAAUCUGUCAAUCAAGUCUUGCCACGCGCUCGUUUAUCAUUCGAUAGCAACGCUUCUUUGUCAAUUCAAGAUGACAAGAUCGGUUUAAUUCCAAUUGCAAGAACAAGUAUGCCACCCCCAAAUGCUGCCAAUCACGAUCAUGUGAUCUAUUGUCGCAAAUCUAUCGCUUUAUUAUUGGGUCGUGCUCGUGCUGUUGGUCAAGAUGAAGAAGAUGAAGCCUUACAGUCUCAAGAAACACGCGAUGCCGUUGGUGGUAUUCCGGCCAUCCGGAUCGCAUUGCCAAACACUGCUAGACAUGUUUCGCGUGAUCAUUGUAUCAUCUACCAUACUCCUUUCGGUGGAUCAUCGUGGGCCGUUAAGAUUCUUGGACAGAAUGGCUUGAUCGUGGACGGGAAACGUCAUCGAGCUGGAAGUAUUCUACGCGUAAGAAGUGGACAAACGUUGAUCGAUUUCUUUGGAGGCGUUCGUGCUCUAUUUCUCGGGGAUGGUCAUUCUACUAAGCAAUCAAAUGUACAUGCAAAUGCUAAAGUGCAAGAUGGUCGGAGUCCAAGCAAAAAGCUUGCCACCGCUCGUGUUUCAUUGGGACAAAAGGGUGAUGAAUUACGCAAUGCAGCCGCUCAAGUUGUGAGCGGACAAAAGAAUGGCGGCGAAAGUAGAAAGUACAUUGGAAAUGUACAAAAGCGUCCUGCCGGGGCCCCAUUGAGUCCGCCAACAUCAUCACCUGCACCAUUCGAUGCAUCCUCUUCUCCUUCUUUGGCUAGAUCGGUGUUCGGAAAGCGUCAAAGCUUGUUACCUUCUUCUUCGCCCAACAAUGCAAAUGAAGAAAUUGAAGAAGACAAUGAGGAUGAAGAGGAAGACGAGGAAAUGCUCAAUUCGCCUCGUGCUACCUCUCCUACCUUGCAGCGUCGUGCUAACAAAUCAAGCGCAGAUGAUAGUGGCGUAUUGAUGUGCGAAAUUGAUGAUAAUCAACAAGGCAUAAGUACACCUAUCGAAAGCGAAGAUGAAGCAAGUCAAGCUUUACAAGCAACUUCCAAACAAUCUGCAAAGAUGCACAAACGGACGAUCAGUCUCGCAAAUAAACCCAAGUCAUCAAGAUCACCUAAUGGCACGCCUCAACGUACUAUCCGUGAUCCCAAGAAGGUCAAAUUUAACAAGGAUAGUCGAUCAGGAACACCUACAGCAACACCUGCCUCAACAAAUAAAACCGCUGCCACUCUGCAUCCAGCACGAAUGCAGGCAAUCCAAACUCACUUUAGAGCACUUGUGGGAAUAUUGGCAGAAAGUUAUGAUUUGCAAGGAUUAUUAGCAGGCGCGAUUGUUUUCCAUAGAACGGCUACAAUCAGUGCAACUGAAGCUGUUCGAUCUGUGUUGAGUUCCAACCCAGGUCUGAUGCGUGGAGAAGUUGGACCGGACGGAGGAGAAAAUGUGAAAGUGGAAAGAGGAAGUAUUUUAUCAGGGUGGACGUACGAUAAUUUGAUCGAGAACAAGUUGAUCAAAACGGAAGAAGCUGAUAAAGAACGUGUAGAGAUUUGGCAAAGGAAAGCAUGGCGUGAACGAUUGGAAGAUUGUUUGAUGGAAGGAGAAUGUUUUGGUAUCAUUCAACGUGCAGGAAAGGAUGCAAGUGGAAAUCCUUUGGAAUGCUGGUAUUAUUAUGAUAAAGAGCUUGAUCCUGACAGUCAAAGGGCAGCCAAUUUGGGUGCUUUUGUUAAACCAAUGCGAGCUGCAUUAAAGACACAUAAGCCAAUCUUUUGGCGAAAGUCUGCUUAUGGAACGACUUCGGAUGAUGUGAAAGCAUUGCAAAUGCAAGAAGGACAACAGCAACAAUUGACAGCAGCCGCUUCAAAUCUGAUUGGAGGUGCAAGUGAAUCACAAUGGGGAUCUUCUGGAAGUACUUUGAAUUCGGCACUUUUGACUUCUCAACAACCUAACAAGAAUGAGCAAAAAGCUGCAGACAAUGCUCGUCAACAAUCUGUCAAAAGAGUAUGGGAAGAAACUCAGUUUGAGGAGAACGAACAGACGUGGGAUAAAGAAGGUGAUUUAGAUUUUGAAGUCAGCAAUGGUCGUCGUAUUAAACGUAAAAAGUAGUCUAUCGAAUCAUGUUUGCUAUCUUAUCAUAUCAUUACAACUCAAUUGC